AUGAAGCCCCGUGUUUGCCCGACUCUCCGCAAGGCCUACAAGAGCCAAUUCCAGUGGAACGAGCGCGCCAAACAAGGCUUGAGACAUCUGACCACGACUGGAACAUGCUCAAGAGCGACAGUCGACCCUUUCGCGAAGACCGCAAGGCUACCAUGUCAACUACUCACAGCCUCGUUCCAGCGCCGCCACCAAAGCACAUCCCCACCAAUAUCAAGCAGCGCCGCUCUCCCACGCGUUCUCGUCAAUGACAUGACGAACCAGGAACUCAUCGUUGACUUCAACACGGGCACAGCACUGCGUUAUCCGUCGUUCUGGCUAAGAGACCACUGUCCCUGCCCGGAAUGUCAGCAUCCAAGCACCCAUCAGCGGCAACUCGACACUUUUGCUAUUGACCCAGAGAUCAAAGUCUCGAGUGUGCAGUCCACAUCGGAGGGACUCGAAGUGACUUGGCCAGUCACGGCGGCGACAACGACGACAGCAGCAGCAGGAUCUAGGAAUGCAGACACUGUAGCCGCUACGGGCGGGAAUGGGAGCCACAGAAGUCUAUAUGCGUGGGAAUGGCUCCAGACUCAUCCGCCUUUCAUACAAGCCACCACCAACAAGGCUGCAUCAACAGUGCCCAAAAGAAAAUGGACACACGUCUCUCCUUCCUCUCAGUCACUCCCUCGAGUACCCUACUCGGCAAUCAUGGACACCUCUUCCAACCUGGGGCUUGCACAAUUCCUCGAAUCAAUCUACACCUAUGGCCUGUGCUUCAUUCCUUCGACGCCGCCCACUCCAAGCGCGACACAAUCCCUCAUUGAACGUAUCUCGCACAUCCGGUCAACCCACUACGGUGGCUUCUGGGACUUCACCUCGGAACCCAACCCCAUCGACACUGCGUACACGGACGACUAUCUACCCCCGCACACCGACACGACAUACUUCACCGACCCGGCCGGGCUCCAGCUCUUCCACUGCCUGACACCUGCAGAGAAGGGCGGCGAAUCGACCUUCGUGGACGGCUUCGCGGCCGCCGCGUACCUCUCCAAAAACUUCCCGCAGCACUACCGCGCCCUCAGCACGUACCCGAUCACGUCCGCAGCGCUGGGCUCGUCCGCAGGCGAAUUCUACAACACCGCCGCCUCACCCCAGGGAUAUCCCGUGCUCGUGCACUCUUCCACACCGUCAUCCUCUGCACCCAUGACGCCGACUUCCCUGGUCCAAAUUCGAUGGAACAACCUCGACCGCGUGCCUCCCACAACUGCCUCGUUCCCGAACCACACGGCCCUGAAGUCCUGGUACGACGCGGCGCGCGAGUGGAGCCGCAUCCUCGACUCGCCGCAAUUCCUGAUCACCACGGCCCUGGCGCCCGGCGAGCCCGUCAUCUUCGAUAACUGGCGCACUCUGCACGGCCGGCUGGGCUUCGAGGGUAAAAGGAGGGUGUGCGGAGCGUAUGUCGGCAUGGAUGAUUUCCGCGCUCGAUGCAGAGGUCUCGGUGUCGGCGACGUGUGA